AUAAGGGUAGUUUUAAGAAAUUAGCCCUUUCCCAAAAGGUCAACCGACUAGCCCUAACCGGUAAACUGGUAAACGGGGCUAAACGAGUUGAACAUCGGAGAAACCAGUGUUUUGGUGGACGAACAAAAAUGGGGACUGAGAACUGCAGCAAUGGAGCUGGAGGAGGAGGGUUCAGAUCCCGGAUGGACUACUAUCUCUACAGUGGAGACAAGAAGCACGUCCUCGUUGGUAUUGCCAUCAUAAGCGUCGCCUUCGGUGUGCCAUGGUUUCUCAGGAACCGAGGAACAAAGCAUCAAUCCCAUCAAGAUUACUUGGAAAAAGCAGAUAAAGCAAGGUGUGAAAGACUAUCUUCAAGCUCAUCCUCUGAAUGAUUCUUGAAAAGCUUUUAUUCAAAGGAGAGAUGGACAAAAAAGAAAUCUAUUUAAGGAGAGGAUUUCUCGGAUGAGUUUUUCUUAUUGUUCACUGGGAGUUUUGGAGCAUAUUUUACUUUUCUUUUCUAGUUUGUUUUCUUUGUUUCUUCCACCAAUUUCUUUAUGUUAGUUGUACGGAAGGUUUCCUGCAUAAAGUAAGAACAGUUAGAGAAACUCAAUUGUCUUAAUGAUCAUAAACUGCUAAAGAUUUGAGAAGCAUUAUCCUUA